AACUUCACUCUGGAGGAGAGCUCGACACUCCGCCUUAAGAUGAGAAGACUCACACUGAACAAUGUUUGCCAAUCAGGCUUAUUUACUUAUUUUUUCUUGUUUGCUUUCAUGUCUUUGACCACUGCAGUUAGUUUCGACUUGACUGAGCUAAGGAAUAAAGUUGCAAAAAUCAAAGUGAAUCCCAGAGGCAACCUUUGGGCUACAGGACAUUUCAUGGGCAAGAAGAGUGUGAUGGACACACCUCUGCUGGCCUCACAAGAGGACCAGGGCACGGGCACUGUUGGAGUGCGCGUGCCCGCGGAGCAGAGCGCGCUCCGGGAGCUUUUCCAGGAGUUUCUGCGCGUUGCGCUGCAGGCAGAGGUGGACGCGCAGGAGAGUCGCUCCAGAAACCCAGAGGUGGACUUGUUGACGAAGAUUUUAGAAAGCUACAUCCGAAGCAGAAAGUGAUGCGGAGGAUGGCAGUCAUCUGGAUGCGAGGUCACCUGGCCUCGUGGUGUAAAACAGAUAAAUCACAAACAGUUUACAAUAUCCUGCUCAUCGACUGUAAUUUACUGUGACUGUCGUAAUAAUCCAUUUGCAAUCAGCUACAGCUUUUUUUCCCCUUCAUUUAUUUUGCUGGAUUUU